AUGAUUAUACGCAAACCAACAACAAUAACUUUGAAACCAGAAGACGAUUACCAAGAAUACGAAGAUUUUAAGAGAAGACAAGAGGACUAAAAGAAGAGCUAAAUGCAAUAGAAGAAGGAAAUGUUCCCCUGGUCACAGUAAUAACAAGCACAGAUUAUUAAUUAAGCACCAAAAAAUACAAGAAGAUCAAUUCAAGUUGCCCAAGAACCCACAAUUGAAUUUGAACCUGAUUCCUACUUUGAAAUUAACAAUCAAAUCCCUGUCAACUAAUUAUUCAGAAUGAUAAAUCCAUCUCCUGACGCUAUGUAACAAGAGCCAUAAUGA